AUGGAGCGGUACCGGGGGCUGACGGACACCGAGCUCAUCGCCAUGCUGCAGCGCUACGGCAUCCCGCACGGGCCCGUCGUGGGAUCCACCCGGAAGCUAUACGAGAGGAAGAUCUGCGAAUACGAGAGCCAGCGCACCAAGCUAUCGCCCCCGGGGGGGGCUGGGGGCUACUCAGAUCCUGGCACCACCGAGACCUACAUCCGGGAAUCUUACAGCUACCCCCGGCAUGAGGAGCGGCGCCGCUAUGGGGCAGAUGACUCCAGCCCCACCACGACGUACACGCGGGAGCUGUAUGAUUUCCCUCGUCGUGAGGGUCGCACCGGCUACCUGGGCGAUGACAUGGACACCGAGUCCUACGAAGAAUCUUCCUCCUCCUCCUCCUCCUGGCUCUAUGGGGCAGCCCCAGGUUCCCUGGGGGAAGCCACCGCCCGCCAGCCGAUCGGAGAGGCCGCGUCCUACACCCCGAGCAGGUCGGAGGAGACCGAGAGGGACGGCGUCUCCUACCAGCGGGUCUGCCAGGCUCGCCCGGCCCCGCCCCCCAUGCGGGUGGAGCCGCGCCGCGCCAUCCACCCCCUGCCCCGCGGGGGGCCGGGCGGGGCCGCAGGGGGAGGCUCCCGGCGCUUCCUGCCUCUCUGGCUUCAGCUGCUGCUCUUCGGGGUGCUCGCGGCCUUCCUGGUCUACGUGUACUGCGCCCUGCAGGGCGGCGCCGACGACAACCCGUUCGUGCGGCACCGCGAGGAGUGAGCGGGC